CUCUUCCACUUUGACCCCGCUAGUGGAAUAUAGCUGCAACAGUUUUGCUUGUUGUGCAGUGACAGUCUCAGUGUGACAUAUCAUUGUCUGGAAUACUUGCCAAAUAAAUAAACAUAAACACAAUGUCCCGAGGGUCAAGUGCGGGUUUCGAUCGUCACAUUACCAUUUUUUCUCCAGAGGGUCGUCUUUAUCAAGUAGAAUAUGCAUUCAAGGCUAUAAAUCAAGGCGGACUGACUUCUGUAGCUGUCAGAGGCAAAGACUGCGCAGUAGUUGUCACACAGAAAAAAGUACCGGACAAGCUAUUGGAUUCCAGUACUGUCACUCACCUAUUCAGAAUAACUGAGAAUAUUGGCUGUGUGAUGUCUGGGAUGACAGCUGACAGCAAAUCACAGGUCCAGAGAGCCCGCUAUGAAGCAGCCAACUGGCAAUACAAGUAUGGCUAUGAGAUCCCUGUGGACAUGCUGUGCAAACGAAUGGCGGAUAUCUCUCAAGUCUACACACAGAAUGCCGAGAUGAGACCACUGGGCUGCUGCAUGAUUGUGAUUGGUGUGGAUGAAGAGUGCGGCCCUCAGGUUUAUAAGUGUGACCCUGCCGGGUACUACUGCGGCUUCAAAGCAACAGCGGCCGGUGUGAAGCAGACUGAGGCCACCAGCUUCCUGGAGAAGAAGGUAAAGAAGAAACUGGACUGGACCUUUGAGCAAACCAUUGAGACGGCAAUAAGCUGUCUGUCCACAGUGUUGUCUAUUGACUUCAAACCCUCUGAACUGGAGAUUGGGGUCAUCACUACAGAGGACCCAAAAUUCAGGAUUCUUUCAGAGUCAGAGGUCGAUACGCACCUGGUGUCCCUUGCAGAGAGAGACUGAUAUUUCCCAUGGAACCACUGCUUCAGAUAUUAGACUGCAGAAGGAGAGUGGAGUGAGGACCAUUGCCUGUAUAUUUACCCUGUUCCAUUAAAGAUAACAUUUUGGAGAAAAAUAAAUGAAGCAGUUUUUUUUUUUUUUUUUUUUCUCUAUUUUUGUUCAAUCUGUAUUCAUGCUUUUUGUCAGAGUGCUUUCCUCCAAGCCUCUGCCUCACUGUUUUGCUCUCUUCACAGAAGUUUCAGUUACACUGCCCACAGCGCCAAGUUAUUCUCCCCGCAGGUACCAAACUAAUUACGGGCGUGCGCCGUGAAAGUGCACUGUUGUCAAUGUAGUAGUCUACAUACCAGCAACCGACUGGUGACAAAUGGUCCAAAUAAAAUGUUGACGUUCAUUUGUAUGGCAUGUCAUCACUUUAUAAGGAUAAGCCAAAAUAUUUUUUGUAGAUGCAACACAGACUACAUAAAUAUUUUUUCUUUAGUUUUUUUGUGUAUAUUUUUCACUGUCUUUAUUGAUUUACUUGAGUUACUUGACUAUUGUAUCAUGUUAGACUGGGCAAAUAAAUAUAUAUUGUUUUGCUAGCUAGUUUCAUGCUAUGUAGGCAAAAAUGUAACCUACUUGGUAAUAAAUGCAGUAUAAAAUGAAUAAAA